AUGGCAGACGUAACAUUCAAGCCUUACUGGCGGCCCCUCGGUGAAGGGUCUGGCCCAAACUCUUGGGUGUUUUUCGUUUUGGCUAAACUUGCCGGUCACCAUUGCCCGGUCGCGGUGGUUUCCAGCAUUGGUGGCUGUGAGGAGGAGUCACUGCAUGGGGUCCCUCUUGUCACCUGCUGCCGACGCAUCGUCACGAUCUUGUCCGACCCUGCCAACCACACGGCUAUUCGCGGGGAGCUAGCUCUUGCCAGCGAUUACUAUGCCCGGAAUGAUCUGGGUGAGCAUCGCCGAGAGCCGGUCGAAUUGCCGCAGCUCAACCGGAGACAACCUGAGGGUCCCGAUCGUGUUCGACCAUGGGACCGCACAAUGGUGGCGCAGUUUCCCUUCAUUUACGCAUCGCUCCUCCAGGGCGUAGCUCUGGAUCCUCUCAGUGGGCGCAACGCACCACAUCGCCCAGAGCCGCUAGCUACUGUGUACCGCGACACCGAUAUUGAAUGGGGGAUGGUGGUAUUUGACAUAACCGACCUAAGCGCAGUGCGGUACGGCAUCGUGGGCUUUGCGGUCGCCAUGGCAAGGUUCAUACCUUCAAUAGAAGAAGAACGAAAACAACUGUUCAGCGGUCUUGGCUUUCAUUUCUUGGAAGGCCCCCUAAAAGUCAUCGACGAGGUGCGGCCACGAGCAGCCAUGUCGGCAUCUGAGUACAUGAAAAAGUUCAAAUAUCCGAUUCCAGACUACAGCAAUUCACAUCAUACCGAGGAUAUCAGGCGCUUAGCUACGAUACAAUUGGUAGAGAGUUCGGCCUUGGAACUAGUCUGGCCACCAGAUCAAGACAAUGAGAUACCUCUGACACUAACCAACCCGCCUGUAAACACCCAUAUAUCUCGAGACUUACAGGAUCAGACUAUCAGGAGACUGAUCCAGGAAACAUAUCGCACAAGUGAUCUUGAAAUUUCCCACUUGGACGAGGUCCGGAAGCUUCCUGACUUUCAUGAGCGCCUUCGACAUAAUAUGCUAGAGUACUCUGGCAGCAUUGGAAGCACUCGCUCUUCAGGCCGGCUCAUUCGACUUGCCUUUGCUCAGAAUGGCCAUCUCGGUUUGGAACGGCUGAAGAACCUUUCUGCCGACUCCAUUUCCGCAGCCCUAGAUGAAAGGCCGGAUGUAAACGAUAGCAUCAGGUCGCUGAGCUUUUGCAUCAACAAUAUCCGGGACAGUACGCCUGCUCAGAUUGCCGAUGCACUUUCGCGGACGAAAGGUCUGCGAGAGAUCUGUCUGCUACAGAGUCCCACCCAUGACAGCAAACUGCUCAGUGUUCAGCUUUUUGCCGAGCUGGCUUCCCGUACUGAACUCCUCUCGCGCACAAACGUCAUAUUUGCCGGCGCCUACUCGGCUGCUCUGCGUAAACAGUUCUGGCUCCCAACACGCUCGAGUCUGGUACCAAUGGGAAUUUUCCCCGUCCAACAGAUAUUCGUCCGGCAUGAACGGAGCAAUGGACGUGGUUUCGUAUUCAAUUACAAUCAUGUCCAUAUGGAAGAUGGGCUCCUCAAACCCGAACGGUUUGCUGCCGGCUUUCUCCUCUGGCUUUCGACGCUCCAAUCCAAAGGAGAGUGGAUGUUCACAGAAGCGGCUCCAUGCUUUACCUUUUCCAGUGCCCCGUCGUCUUUGGCCAGUGACCCAGAAUCCUCAGCUCAAGUGAGCUCGAUACUUUGCGAGGAUCUAUCUUUGCCUUUUUCUACGCCAAAUCACUCCAUUUCUUCCCCAAAAGCUCGAAACUUGGUUCCAGGUGGCGGCUGGACAGUCCUCGUGUCGCAGGAGGAAAACCGUGUCAAAGGAGUCUGGAAUCAAUACCGCAUCCGUUUCGCUUUCAUUCGUGCACUAAGGCGAUCGAUUUUAGUCGACGAUCCACCGUCGUCCCCCCUAGGGCCAGACGAACUAGAGGUUUGUGGGCUCAAGGAGUUUUUAUCUGCCACAGGAGUUGAGAUUGAUCCUAAAGUGGUGGAUCUUCGUCUGCAGAACACGGCGCACAAGAUACUUGCAAUGGCUACUGCUGAUGGGUAUCCCUGGCCUGCUGAUGUCGAUCCAUUAUCCGUGUUGAGCCACACGGAGGCUGCGACUGUGCUUUCGGAAUUUUUGGACAAUGCAAGAAUGCAGAAACAAGAACUACGGAGGGCGAUGGAAGAAGAUCCAAAAAGUGAGCCUCAAGUCUCGCCCAUAAGACACGUCAACAGAAUCCCUACUAACGUUGAAGUUUACAAUGUCGUAGAUUGGAGUUGGUACCUAGAACUAAUGGAAUAA